GCGGGCUGACUCAGCCGGCUCGUUACGCAGCGUCAGUCUGGAGUCGCACAAUUAUGAAAAAGCAACCUUCCGUUGGAGCUGCAGCCGAAGCGGAUCUCUCCAACCUCCAACGGGCUUUCCUUCCAAGGCUAACCGAGAGCACCGCCGAUAGAUGGAUAAAAGCCACGACCAAGCUCCUCCUGAAUCUCGACGGUGAAGAGAAUGUCCCAGAAACCCUGGAUAGAAACCACUUUCACCAAGAGGGAAUGUGUGUACAUACUUCCAGUGUCAAAGGACCCGCACAGAUGCCUUCCAGGAUGCCAGAUUUGCCAACAGCUAGUACGGUGCUGCUGUGGGCGGCUGGUGCGGCAGCAUGUUGGCUUCACUGCCAGCUUGGCCACAAAAUAUUCAGACGUGAAGUUGGGUGAAAAUCCCAAUGUGCCCAUGCCCGAACUGGAGAAGUGGUCAGUGGAAAAACACACAGAAGCAAGCCCCACUGACGCCUAUGGUGUCAUCAACUUCCAGGGAGGGUCUCACUCAUACAGAGCCAAGUAUGUGCGUUUGUCACAUGACACGCGGCCCGAGAGCAUCCUGCGGCUGAUGCUGAAGGAGUGGCACAUGGAGCUGCCCAAGAUCCUCAUUUCAGUACAUGGAGGAGUUCAGAACUUUGAGCUGCACUCGCGCAUCAAGCAGGUGGUGGGCAAGGGCCUCAUCAAAGCUGCAGUUACAACUGGGGCCUGGAUUCUCACCGGAGGGGUCAACACAGGUGUGGCAAAACAUGUGGGAGAUGCUCUGAAAGAACACUGCUCAAGGUCAUCAAAGAAAAUUUGCACUAUUGGCCUCGCACCAUGGGGAGUCAUCGAAAACAGAAGCGACCUCAUUGGCAGAGAUAUCAUCGUUCCAUAUCAGACGCUGCUGAAUCCUCUCAGCAAACUCAAUGUUCUCAACAAUCUGCACUCCCACUUCCUCCUGGUGGAUGACGGGACGGUGGGCAAGUACGGCGCCGAGGUGAAACUGCGCCGCGACCUGGAAAAACACAUCAACUUACAAAGAAUACAUGCACGGAUCGGUCAGGGUGUUCCUGUUGUGGCGCUCAUCUUUGAGGGCGAUCCCAACGUGAUCCUUACUGUGCUUGAGUACCUUCAAGAGAGCCCCCCUGUACCAGUGGUGGUGUGUGAGGGCACUGGCCGUGCUGCUGACAUUUUGGCCUACGUUCACAAGCAGACCGAAGAGGGGGGUGGUCUCCCUGACGGAGUGGAGACUGACAUCAUCGCCACCAUCAAGAAAACUUUUAACUUCAGCCAGAACGAGGCCAUUCGUCUCUUUCAGACUCUGAUGGAGUGCAUGAAAAGCAAAGAACUGAUCACUGUGUUUGACAUCAGCUCAGAGGAGCACCAGGACAUCGAUGUAGCCAUCCUGAGGGCUUUACUUCAAGGCACCAAUGCUUCUGCCUUCGAUCAGCUGGUCCUGACGUUGGCCUGGGACCGUGUAGACAUUGCCAAGAACCACGUGUUUGUGUAUGGACAACAGCUACUGGUGGAUUCUUUGGAGCAGGCAAUGCUGGAUGCACUAGUGAUGGACAGGGUGGACUUUGUCAAGCUGCUCAUAGAAAAUGGCGUCAACAUGCAUCGUUUCCUUACAAUCAACCGGCUGGAAGAGCUCUACAACACAAAACAACCUCCAUACAACCCAACUCUCCUUCAUCUGGUCCGAGAUGCUAAACAGAGUAACCUGCCACCAAACUACAAAAUCACUUUGAUCGAUGUGGGACUGGUGAUCGAGUAUCUGAUGGGUGGGACUUACAGGUGUAACUACACCAGGAAACGUUUCCGGAUCAUUUACAACAAUCUCCAUGGGAACAACCGGAGAUCAGGGCGCCACUCAGCAGGUCCUGGCUCCCAUUUGAGGAAAAGUCACGAGGCUUUCAGCAUGCAGGCUGAUAAGAAGGAGAAGACCAGACACAACCACUUCAUCAAGACUGCACAGCCGUAUAAACCCAAGCUGGAGUCUACUGCUGAGCAGAACAAGAAGAGAACUAAAGAGGAAAUUGUUGACAUUGACGACCCUGAGACAAAGCGCUUUCCAUACCCUUUCAAUGAACUUCUGGUGUGGGCAGUGCUGAUGAAGAGGCAGAAGAUGUCUCUGUUCUUCUGGCAGCAUGGAGAAGAGAACAUGGCAAAGGCACUAGUGGCAUGUAAACUCUGCCGCUCGAUGGGAUACGAGGCCAAGAAGAGUGACGUGGUGGAUGAUACCUCAGAGGAGCUCAAGGAGUACUCAAAUGACUUUGGCACGUUGGCGGUGGACCUGCUGGAGCAGUCAUUCAGGCAGGAUGAGACCAUGGCCAUGAAGCUUCUCACUUACGAGCUGAAGAACUGGAGCAACUCCACCUGCUUGAAGCUGGCUGUCUCCUCCCACCUGAGGCCCUUUGUCGCGCACACCUGCACCCAGAUGCUGCUCUCAGACAUGUGGAUGGGACGACUGAACAUGCGCAAGAACUCCUGGUACAAGGUAAUUCUGAGCAUUUUGGUGCCUCCUGCCAUUCUGCUUUUGGAGUACAAAUCCAAAGCUGAGAUGGCUCACAUCCCUCAAAGUCAGGAUGACCACCAAAUGACCAUGGAGGACAGCGAGCACAACUUCCAGAAUGUAGCUGAGGACAUCCAGAUGGAUGUUUUUAAAGAGUCCAGGCCCCACGACCACGUGGAGGCGAAAAAUGAGAUGGAGACACACGUGCGCUCCCGAAAACUGCCCUUAACCAGGAAAAUCUAUGCCUUCUACCAUGCGCCUAUUGUCAAGUUCUGGUCCAAUACGCUCUUCUACCUGAGCUAUUUGAUGUUGUACACAUACGUGGUGCUGGUGAAAAUGCCUGAUUUGCCUUCUCCUCAAGAGUGGGUGGUCAUCCUCUACAUCUUCACCUCUGCGGUGGAGAAAAUUCGAGAGAUGUUCAUGUCUGAGGCAGGAAAAAUAAGCCAGAAAAUCAAAGUGUGGUUCAGCGACUACUUCAACGUGUCAGACUUUCUGGCCAUUGUGACCUUCUUUAUUGGCUUUGGGUUAAGGCUGGGUGGAGGUGAUGCCUUCGUCCCUGGGAGGACAGUGUACUGUCUCAAUAUCAUCUUCUGGUAUGUGCGACUGUUGGAUAUCCUGGCUGUAAACCAGCAGGCUGGGCCGUACGUCAUGAUGAUCGCUAAAAUGGUGGCCAACAUGUUUUACAUUGUGGUGAUAAUGGCUAUUGUACUGCUGAGCUACGGUGUACCAAGGAAAGCUAUUCUGUAUCCAAAUGAGGAACCCAGCUGGACACUAGCCAAGGAUGUUGUUUUUCAACCAUACUGGAUGAUGUACGGGGAAGUGUAUGCCUAUGAAAUCGAUGUGUGUGCCAAUAACAGUGACCCAUCAGUGAAGUCCCUGUGCACAGCAGGAGUGUGGCUGACUCCUCUCCUACAAGCAGUCUACCUCUUUGUACAGUAUAUACUCAUGGUCAACCUUCUAAUCGCCUUCUUCAACAACGUGUAUUUGCAAGUAAAGUCCAUUUCUAACUUGGUGUGGAAGUAUCAGCGCUACCACUUCAUUAUGGCCUACCAUGAGAAACCUGUCCUCCCACCCCCCUUCAUCCUCCUGUGCCAUAUAUACUCCCUCUUCUGUAUGUGUAGAAAGAGGAAAAAGGAGAGCACCUACGGACCGAAGCUGUUUCUCACUGAGGAAGACCAAAAGAAACUCCAUGAUUUUGAGGAGCAGUGUGUGGAGACGUACUUCCAUGAAAAAGACGAUCAGUUUCACUCGGGGAGUGAGGAGCGCAUACGUCUUACCUCAGAAAGGGUUGAGACCAUGAGUUUGCAGCUGAAGGAGGUUGGGAACAAAGUGAACUUUAUAAAACGUUCCCUGCAUACGCUGGACUCACAGAUUGGGCACCUUCAAGACCUCUCAGCGCUGACUGUGGACACACUAAAGACGCUUACAGCCCAGAGGGCAUCUGAGGCCAGCAAGGUCCACACUCAGAUUACUCGGGAGCUUAGUCUGUCCAAAAACGUGGUCCCAAGCAUUGCCCCUGUGCCGACAGACUCCAAAUCGUCAAUGAUAUGCAAGCGCAGUGUGGGGGCCUACUUUGGGUCAUCCUUCUCACAGGCUGGAGCCAACAUAGCAGAUUCCCUUUUCGGAAUUGGUGCAGAAGGAGGGUCUGGGAUGGAAAGCCGCCGUAGAAUCGGGCCUAGCCCUGGGACAGAGCAGGGGCUGGACCCCAGCAUCAACCCAGCGUUGAGUCCAGAGAGGAGGGGCCUGUUUGGGCUUGGACACCUUGCUGCAGAGGCUGGAUCCUCGGGCAGUGCCGGGUCCAGUGCCUUUGUCCAAAGUGCUGUGGCCGUUUCCCCGCCAGAGCUGCGUCUCCGCGGCCACUCUCUCACCCGGAGUAAGAUGACCCGUCCACAAGAGCUGCUGCGCCUCUCUGACUCGGCGUCCAGCCUGCCCAAUGUGCCCUCCUCUGGAGCUUUGUUCCACAUCAGCAGCACCCCAUCUCAGCCCAGUGGCUCCAGCCACCCCGAACUCCCCCUGGCUGGCCCCUACCAGCAGUCCCUCCGGCAGGACAGCACCGCUGUCGAGUUUGGGGCAUUUGUUGGACAUAAAGACAAUUUGGAUCUUCAGGAGCCCAGGCCAAAAGAUACCUCCAGCAGGCAGCAAAGCCCAACAUCAUCAACCAGGUCACAGGCUCAACCCGAAAGUCACGGCCUUAUGAGAGCAGUUAACUCGUAUGCUGGCUUCACAGAAUUUGACAGAAUUCCAGCUUUUCUUCACCCUGACUCAACUCUGACCAAGAAGGACCGGAGCCGAGUUUCUGCUGAAGACAUCCGCAUCCAUGAAGACCCCAGAGCUAGUGUACUGGAAAGAGUUCAGGUCAAAUCAGCCCAAGCUAGUAGCCUGAGGGCUACAGGGGAAGAAACGCUGAAUGCCGCUGUUUCUCUCUACAUGCCACGUCCCACCCACCUGGGAGCCAGAAAAGACUCUAUCGGCUCUCCUUUCAAACCCAUGGAAAACUAUCAGUACUCUGCUGUGGAGCGCAACAACCUGAUGAGGCUUUCUCAGAGUAUCCCUUUCACUCCUGUGCCCCCCAGAGGUGAGCCGGUGACUGUGUACCGGCUAGAGGAGAGCUCCCCCAACACUAUCAACAACAGCAUGUCCUCCUGGGCUCAGCGGGGCCUCUGUGCCAAGAUCGAGUUUCUCAGUAAGGAAGAAAUGGGAGGAGGACUCAGACGGGCCCUGAAGGUGCUCUGUACGUGGUCAGAGUACGACAUCCUGAAACCAGGACACCUGUAUAUAGUCAAGUCCUUCCUUCCUGAAGUGGUCCAAACGUGGCAGAGCAUCUAUAAGGAAGACACUGUGCUACACCUUUGUCUCAGGGAAAUUCAGCAACAACGAGCUGCUCAGAAACUGACGUUUGCCUUCAACCAAAUCAGGCCCAAGACGAUCCCUUACUCCCCGAGGUUCCUGGAGGUGUUUUUGCUGUACUGCCACUCUGCCGGACAGUGGUUUGCUAUAGAAGAGUGCAUCACCGGAGAGUUCAGGAAGUUCAACAACAACAAUGGAGACGAAAUCGUCCCCACCAACCUCCUGGAAGAAACCAUGCUGGCCUUCAGCCACUGGACCUACGAGUACACCCGCGGAGAGCUGCUGGUGCUGGACCUGCAGGGUGUGGGGGAGAUUCUGACGGACCCAUCGGUUAUAAAGAGCGGGGAAAAGGGAUCUUACGACAUGAUAUUUGGACCUGCCAACCUGGGGGACGAUGCUAUCAGGAACUUCCGUGCAAAACACCACUGUAAUUCCUGCUGUCGGAAACUCAAACUUCCUGAUCUGAAGAGGAACGACUACACGCCAGAUAAGCCCCACCUGUCCCUGAUUGCCCCACUGGGAUUUCAGCCCACCUGCACCCCCGGGGCCGGGGGCCGGGCGCUCAUGUGGCCCCCGGAGGAGGCAGUGGACUCUACCGGGGUGAGAUGUUGGUGGAAGAUUUGCAUUUACGCUGAGAUCUAUCCUCUCUGCUGGGUCACAGAGCUGCUGCACAACCAUGGACACAGUCACAGUCGAAUACUGCAAAGGAUGAAGUUAUGCUUAUCGCUACCAGGAACUAGCCGGGGUCCUCCGGCAGGUUCCAGGUGUGAAAGUGAAAGGCGUUACUGGGAGGCAAGACAGCUUCGAGGUGUCUCUGGGGGACGAGCUGCUCUACUCUAA